UAUAAAAGACUUGGUCAAAACCAGCCGCGCGCUAUUACAACAGUGUCUCAGUGAAUUUUUCCCGCCGCAUUUUUAUCAUCGAAAAAGAUGCAGACGUGGUUGUUGGUUGCGUGCGCAACAGCGCUAGCAGCUUUGGCCUCCGCACAGAAGCCUGGAAGAUUCCUAUCAUUGCCAGUUCCGUCGAAAUGCGCCAACAGACCGAAAGAGUUCUUCUACCGGGGUCACAAUUACUUCUACAGCGGACACGUUCCUGAGCUCGCUAACAGGAAAGUAGACUGGUUGGACGGACGCAACAUCUGCCGCGAGUAUUGCAUGGACCUUGUUUCUAUGGAAACUCAAGAAGAAAAUAAUCUAAUCUUCAAGCUCAUCCAGCAAAACGAUGUACCAUACAUAUGGACCUCGGGCCGUCUCUGCGACUUCAAGGGAUGUGAAUCGCGUAGAGAUCUCGAACCCAAGAACAUCUUCGGUUGGUUCUGGUCUGCUAACCGCGAAAAGAUGUCACCCACAAACCAGAUUCCCAACGGUUGGGGCUACAACCCAUGGUCACAAACCGGACACAAAAAGCAACGCCAGCCUGACAACGCCGAGUUCGACAUCAACGGAACCACCGAGUCAUGCCUCAGCAUUCUUAACAACGUUUAUAAUGACGGUAUUGCGUGGCACGACGUUGCUUGCUACCACGAGAAACCCGUGGUGUGUGAGGAUUCAGAUGAACUUCUCAACUACGUCGCGAGCACCAACCCUGGCCUCCGUCUUUGAUUUUAAUCUCAACUCCUAAUCCUAUCGCAAUUUCACUUUUAUUAACAUUAUACCGUAAAUCGAUACACGAUUUAUCCCAAAACUGUGUUUAUGGGUCCGGAGCACUAUAGCACCGCUGAUUUUUUUUAUAGAAAUGUAGUAAAUGCAAAAGUGUAAAUGGAACUAUAACCUGAGCAGAAUAGGAUAACGUCAAUGUAUCAGCACCAUAUCUUAUCACGCACAUUUCAUAUUAAUUAGGACUUGCCAUAUGCUCAACGCGUAGCGAUUUCUACACGCACUGCCCUUCCGUCGUACAAAGUUGUUGUACAGAAUAGUAUAAGUCUAAAUAAGUUAAACUAAUCGUAAGUUUAUUAUAUCUAAGGAAAGAAUUUCUAUUUGUAUAUAAAAUAAAAACAAAAAACCAAAAA